GUUUAGUGUGUGGCCUGGGAGUUCUUUUUUUCAUACUGAACCCUUCGAGCAUGGGAGCAGAAUGUCUCUUCCUUUGAUUUCUUGCUCGUUGAGAUGGCUGCGCCCCUAAGCUGAGGUGUUAACGCGAGAAGGUCGGGCCGUGGGAGAAGUGCACAGAAAAUCUUCAAUAUGCCUCUUGCGCGGGAGCAUGGCCGAGCCUUAGCGUCAACGCGAGGGCUCUCUCGUGGCGGCUCCAUCCUGAACUACCGUACAUUCACAGCAAGUACAAGGAGGCUACUUUCUCUUGAUCGAAAUUCUCCGGAUGUGGAGAAGGCGCAAGGCUACUGCUCAAAUCUUGUUCGUAACUAUGAUUCGCCCUCAUACACUCUGGCCCAUUUCAUCCAGCCGCACAUGCUUCCGGCCUAUUUCGCUAUCCGCGCUUUCAACAUCGAGCUGGCCAGGAUCCCCGACGUGGUUUCAAUGCCACAGAUCGGUGCCAUGAGAAUGCAAUUCUGGCGGGAGACCAUUGACAAGACUUUCAAGCUUGCGCCUCCAUCAGAACCUGUCGCCAUUCUGCUUGCUUCAUAUCUAAAACAAGGGAACAAGCUCAACAAGACCUGGUUCCACCGCAUCAUCACGGCCCGAGAUCGAAAAUUGACGCAUCCCGGCUUCACCAACAUGGCUGAGCUCGAGUCCUACGCUGAAUCGACCUAUUCAACGCUCCUAUAUCUGACUUUGUCAGCGCUUCCGUUAAACUCUCUGACCAUGGAUCAUUUGGCUUCUCACGUUGGCAAGGCAGCUGGGAUAGUGGCUGUGCUUCGGGGAGUGCCAUUGCUUGCUUUUCCACCUCCUCCGAACCUCCAUUCCAACAAUCCUCCUGGUAUGGGCGCCGCUCCCGUCCGAGACCGGCAGGGUGUUAUCACGCUACCCUUAGAUGUCAUGUCUCAAAGUGGUGUCAGGGAGGAAGAUAUUUUUCGAAAUGGGGCAAACGCUUCGGGCAUCCGUGAUGCGGUAUUCACAGUCGCCACCCGUGCCUCUGACCAUCUCAUAACCGCACGUGCCAUGCUCAAAGGUAUCCGGGAGAAUCAAGAUCCAGGCCACGAGUUCGAGCAUAUGCACGAUGAAGGUCAUGAGUACAGCAAGUACGACGUUGGUACCAAAAUGUCUGCUGACAGGAGCAAAGAAGAGAUCGAGGAAGGUUUUGGUGUUGUAAUGGGCCCAGCAGUCAGCACUCAGUUGUGGCUCGAUCGUCUGCAGAAAGUUGACUUUGAUAUUUUUCAUGAAAGUCUUCGGAGGGUUGAGUGGAAGCUGCCAUUUGUUGCCUGGUUGCGCAAUAGGAGCGGCAAGUUAUGAGCUUCUCAGCCGGAGUUCAUCUCACGGCGUCUUGAGGGCCUCUAUCCGGGCAUUUGUCCUUGCUUCCUGCAGUUGAGACAAGGCGUUUGCGUCGACGGUGUUUCUCCGGCUUCUGCUCAGGGCCAUCGCAUCUCCCUUUUUGCCGAGAAUUGCCUCAAUGGCGCCAACUAAGGCUUGCGGAUCGUAGAACAUUUCGCCUUUAGGACUCUUGCGACCGUAUAGCUUCAAGCAAUCAAUCCCGAGGGAGGCAAGAUGGUUUCGAUCGACGUAUGGAGUUCCUUCACCAGUCAGGUGAAUGACGUGGGUCACAUAUUUGCGGUAAACCGAGUCGCGAGCAGCGUCUCGUGGAUGGUGGUUUGUCCCUGGAAACAGAAAUUCUCCGUGUCGAGUAGCGGCAGGAGUUGAUGGCGCUGACGACUUUAAAGUGUCGUCUGAUCGUGAGGUAUGAAGCUUAGGUCUCCACAGACGUCCCUGGGACUGUUCGCAAGCACGGGCGAUGGCUUCCACGAAGUCAAAUGCAGAAAAUGGACUCGAGCUUGGGCCCGUCUCACGAUCCAGAGAACCAUUCAGAAUGAGAAUCUUAUGGCGGGCCGGGGUCGAAUUCAGGGCCUCACCGACUCCUUUGAGGACAAUUGAGGGAAUGAUUGAAGUGUAUAGUGAACCGAUAGAGUAUAUAACAGCUUGCGAUUGCUUGAUCGCUGAGAUUACUCGUGGAUUGGCGGGGGGCAACAUUUCUUGUCC